CUCCUACAAAUACCCAAUCAAUCCGCCAUUAAAAUGUGUUCUUCUUCUUCUUCCUCUUUCUCUGCAACUUUUCAACUCAACAAUGGUGGCUCUCUCUAAUCCCACAAUCGAACAGUUCUUCGUCAAAACCUGUAAACCAGUCAACCCUUUGACUUUCCCUCCUUCAAUUCCCCUCAUUGACCUCUCGAAGCCUGAAUCAAAACACCUUCUUGUCAAAGCUUGUCAAGAUUUUGGAUUCUUUAAAGUCGUUAAUCAUGGAGUUCCUACAAAAUUCAUCAAUAAACUCGAAUCGGAAGCCAUUAAAUUCUUCUCUUCUCCUCUUUCGGUGAAACAAAAAGCUGGCCCACCUUCACCUUUUGGCUAUGGCAGCAAGAACAUCGGUAAAAAUGGCGAUGUUGGUUGGGUUGAAUAUCUUCUCCUCAACCCAAAUCCCGAAUCCGAUUACCACCAACUUCUUUCCAUUUUUGAAGAACACCCAGAUGAUUUCCAGUGUGUUGUUGAUGAUUAUGUUGCAGAAGUGAAGAAGAUGGCGUGUGAGAUUCUUGAAUUAAUGGCGGAUGAGUUGAAAUUAGAGCCGAAGAAUGUGUUGAGUAAGUUGUUAAUGGAUGAACAGAGUGACUCUGUUUUCAGGGUGAACUAUUAUCCGCCAUGCCCAGAGCUUCAAGAACAUGAAAUCAAUGGCAGGAACUUGAUCGGAUUCGGUGAACACACAGACCCGCAAAUCAUAUCCGUUUUACGAUCGAAUAACACUUCUGGACUCGAGAUUUCGUUAAGAGAUGGGAGUUGGGUAUCUGUUCCUCCUGAUUCCGAUUCUUUCUUCAUCAAUGUUGGUGACUCUUUACAGGUGAUGACAAACGGAAGGUUCAAGAGCAUAAAGCAUAGGGUGGUGGCAAAUAGCAAAGAGAGCAGGGUGUCAAUGAUAUACUUUGGAGGACCACCAUUGAAUCAGACGAUAGCUCCAUUGCCAUCACUCCUUCAAACAGACGAAGACAGCUUGUAUAAGGAGUUUACUUGGUUUGAGUACAAAACUUAUGCUUUCAAUUCAGCUUUAUCACAUGAUAGGUUGGGUGUUUUUGAAAAAAUCCCUUCUAAAAUUUGAUUUUUAUUCUUAUUAUUAUUAUUAUAUAUAAAGGAAAAGGAAUCGGGUUUCUGAUCGAUUUGGUUCUGAUACAAUUUCA